CAACAACUGUGCUCUUACUCACAAACUUACCCUUGCAACAGCCAUGAUUCCCUUCGGAAUAUAUAAUGCUACACUGAUACUAGAUGGUUGCUUCAAAUCAAUAUCUCACUGCAACCCAUGGCCGAACAACCAAAACGUCGAACCCUCCUUUUUCCUAUCGAUCUUGGUUCACCCGCUCAAUAUGACCAAUCUGUGUUUCCUCUAAGUAAAGUGCAGGGGAAAGACACCAUCAGUGAAGUGAACUUAUACCUCGAGGCCACACUAGAUGAGAUCUUCAAGAUAAGCCAAAUGGCAGGGAACGCGGAAGACUUUCAAGAGCUCAUUUAUGACGCGAAGACACAGUACGAUGAGCUCAUAGCAGGCAAAAAGAAAAUAGAACAACAGCGGAAAUCUUGGAAUCCUGUCAAAAAGUUCUCCGCAUAUCGUUCAGUUCGGUUGCUUUUGGAAACAGGGAAGGCUUUAUUCACGGAAACAAGGGUAUGAUAGUUUCUUGAUAUUUACCACUGACUCAAGAUAUAUCACUCUAGACUGUAUCCGAGAUGGCGAGGAGACAGUUGCUCUCACAGGCUGUCAACACAGAGGAUGUACAGCCAGUGGAGUACAAUGAUCUGCCAUCCAAUGCUCGUAUUGGCGGGGUCGCCAUUCCACUGGACUCGG